ACCCCGGACAUCACACUGUACUUCUUGGGGGCUAGCCGCGCCAUCCGCAUUGCAUGGCUGCUCGAAGAGCUGUCUCUGCCGUACACGCUCGUCGCAUCGCCUCGUGCGACGAAUGGCCUCGCGCCUCCGGAAUUCAAAGACAAGAUCCCCACUGCCUGGGCAAGAGCCCGGUCAUCAAGGAUGGGGAUGUCGUCGUGCAGGAGAUCCCUACUAACGAAUCCAGGUAUCUCUGCGAGACGUGUGAUGGUGAGGCGAGGCUACUGCCGAGAGAGACAAAGGCGCGAGCGAAAGUGAGGGAGUUCAUGGCUGCGGCCGAGGCGACGUUCAUGCUGCAUGCUCUUGCGAUCCUCUACGCACGCUGGCGCCUCCCAGAACGGGCAGCAGACUGCCUCCCUGAGAUGGAGAAGGGUCUCUCAUCCAACGUGCAUAACGACUUCGCCUGGCUGGAACACGAGCUGGCAGCUUCCUCCGAUAACUUCCUCGUCGGAGGCCAUCUGACCGCCGCCGAUAUCAUCAUGGGAUUCAGCAUCGAAUUCAUCUUCGCUAGGAAACUGGGCACCGAGAGAGAUGGGCGCUGGCCACGGAUCCAGCACUGGUUGGAUCGGAUUAGGGACGAGCCUUCGUAUAAGAAGGCGGUCGAGAGAACGGGAUAUAAGCUGUAG